AUGGCAAUCCUCCUAGGAAAACGAAAGCGUGUGGUCGUAUCAGAGUCAGCGUCAAAACCAAAAUCAGAAGCGCAGAAAGCUGCACCUAACAAGCGAAGAAAAGAAAGUGAUGCCUCGUCCGAUGGCGAGUCGGCGAGAGCACUUUUUCAAAAAGCUUUCGAGGCGAAGUUCAAACCGUUGCCGAUGAAAGAGAAGAAUAAAUCCAGUGAAAUUGAAGACGAGUCUGAGGAGGAUGAAAGCGAGGAUGAUGCCGGCAGUGAUCUGGACGAUGAGGACUUAUCCGGGUCUGACUGGAGCGGGAUCGAGGACGGCGACGAGGAGGUCGAAAUCGUACAGCACGUCCUUCCUGAGUUUACGAGAGGAGGAGAUAGCGCAGAUCCGGGAAAGAAAGCAUUUAUGUCCUCGAAACCACCAACCCUCGACUCCACCCAAAAACAAACCCCACUCAAAUCCUCCAAGACCACAACAGCCAAAGAAGACGAAGAGUCCUCUCUCGAAGCAGCCAAUCUCAAAAACGACCUCGCACUCCAACGCCUUCUCUCGGAGUCCCACCUCCUCACACCAUCCGCCACCACCACCCAACCAACCGGCGCAUCCCGCCUCCUCGCCCUCGACCAACGCUUGCAGACUCUCGGCGCGAAAACUUCACUCCUGAAACAAACGAACAUGCCUCUCGCUCACCGCAAAGGGAUCGUCAAGAAAGGGGCGGAGAGGGAGGUGGGGAGGAGGAAGGAGGCGAGGGAGAAUGGGGUUGUGCUGGAGAGGGAGAAGAAGGUCGGGAAGGGGAAGGAUGUGAGGAGGGAGAGGGGACUAGGAGCACCGGGGGUGGGGAGGAUGAGAGGCGGGACGUUGAGGUUAAGUGAGGGGGAUGUGAGGAGUAUUGAAGGCAGGGGUGGAGGGAGGGGUGGGAAGAGAGGCGGGAGAGGAAGAGGGAGAGGGCGGUGA